CUUACACGGUUUAGUAUUGCUUCUCAGUAGCUUACCCUGAGCGCUAAGGCCACUGCCAGCGCUAGCGGUCCCGCCAGCUGCGGGCUUAAACUUUUUAGAGUAGGCUAGCAGGCCGUGACUAGCAGGAUGUCAGCAGCCAACAGCCCGGGCGGUUCGCGUCGCACUGGACCCGAGCCCAUGGAACAGGACGGCGGUCCCACCGCCUCGGGCGGCGCCCCGCCUCAAGCCACUCCUCCGCCUCCUCCCCGCCGGCGCCCACCUCAGGCGCAGCCCCAGCCCAGCGGCAGCUUCCUCACAGGCAGCGUGCUGCAGGGCGCUCCCAGCGACGGUACCUUUGGCGGCGCAGGCGGAGCCACGCCGCUGCCUCGCGGUCUCGGAGCGCAGAAUCGUGGCGAGUUUGGCGGUCGUACGGCACAGCGCCGGCCCAACGUGCGCAUCGGUACGGCAGGCAAGGCCGCCCCUACGGCGUCUGCGAGCAUUCAGCAGGAUGGCGCGGGGCAGGGCGAGGGUGCGGCUGCUGCUCCUGAGGGAGAGGAGCUCCCGCCGGCCUACGAGGCCGGUGCGGACGACGGCACCUUCGUGUGGGGUACCAACAUCAACUCGCGACACCUGCGGCAGCAGAUUGACGGCUUCAUCCGCAACUACCGGCCGGCGGGAGCUGAUGUCAAUGCGCCGCCCAAGUACGUUCAGAUCAUCAAGGAGGCGAUUGAGGCCGGAGAGACCUCGGUCAACAUUGACACGGCGGACAUGCGCGCAACGGUCAACGGAGUGUCGUACAACGACCUGUACGAGACGUUGGUUGACUUUCCCCGCGAGGUUCACUGCGUGCUGGAUGAGGUGGUUCGCGAGGUGGCGGUUCUGGAUCUGCAGUACGAACCGGAACUGGACAGGCAGCAGGCCAUGGACCUCUGCUUGCUGGUGUGUCGUCCGUACAACCUGGCCACCGUGAAGCACAUCCGCGACCUGGACCCCUCGGACAUUGACAAGCUGAUUUGCAUCAAGGGCAUGGUCACCCGCACCUCGGCCAUCAUCCCCAACCUCAGGUACGCUGUGUUUGAGUGCGCCAGCUGCUGCCACGAGAUCGCCACCGCCAACGUGAACGGGCGCGUGGAGGACCCCACGCAGUGCCCCGCCUGCAAGAAGAGCUGGACCAUGGGGCUGCAGCACAACAAGGGGUCGUACACGGACAAGCAGCUCGUCAAGAUGCAGGAGAGCCCCAACGACAUCCCCGAGGGUGAGACCCCUAUGGGCGUCACCCUCUACACGUACGACACCCUGGUCGACGUGGCUCGCCCGGGCGACCGAGUCACCAUCACCGGCAUGUACCGCGCAGCUCCCAUCCGCGCCAACCCCCGUCAGGCCGCCCUGCACGCGCUGUUCCGCACCUAUGUCGACGUGGUUCAUGUGCACAGGGACGAGACCAGGAGGCUGUUUACCACGGCGGGGGGACAGGACGCCAAGGCGCAGGAUGCCGAGCCCAGCAUCCUGUCCGCCCCCAACACGCCCGCUGAGAGCCAGGGCGACCCCGCUGCUGCCGGCGGCCCCUCGGGCACCCAGACGGAUGCGGCGGGCGGCAGCGAGGAGCAGCUGGUGGCGAUUGAGAACAUCACGGCGGAGGAGCUGCAGGAGGUGGAGGGGCAGAUCAAGGAGCUGUCCCGAGACCCCCGGCUGGUUGACCGCCUGAUUGCCUCGCUGGCCCCCAACAUCUGGGAGAUGGAGGACGUGAAGAAGGGGGUGCUGUGCCAGCUGUUCGGUGGGGAGGCCAAGUUGUUCCCCGGCGGUAAGAUCCGUGGCGAGCUCAACGUGCUGCUGGUGGGCGACCCCUCGGUGUCCAAGUCUCAGCUGCUCACCUAUGUGCACCAGCUGGCGCCGCGGGGCAUCUACACCAGCGGCAAGGGCUCCUCGGCGGUCGGCCUCACCGCCUACGUUACCAAGGACCCCGAGACUCGCGAGAUGGUGCUGGAGAGCGGUGCGCUGGUGCUCAGCGACCGGGGCGUGUGCUGCAUCGAUGAGUUUGACAAGAUGAGCGACAGUGCCCGGAGCAUGCUCCACGAGGCCAUGGAGCAGCAGACGGUGUCGGUGGCCAAGGCGGGGCUCAUCUCCACCCUCAACGCGCGCUGCUCGGUGCUCGCAUGCGCCAACCCGGUGGGCUCGCGAUACAACCCGCAGAUGUCCAUUGCGGAGAACAUCAACCUGCCGCCCACACUGCUCACCAGGUUCGACCUGAUCUACCUGGUGCUGGACCGCUACGAGGAGGCGCGCGACCGCCGCCUGGCCCGCCACCUGGUGUCGCUGUUCCACCCGGGCUCGCAGGGGCGCUCGCGGGCGGGCGGCGCGGGCGGGGCGGGGCUGGCGCUGGUGCCGCCGGACCUGCUAAAGAAGUAUGUGGCGUACGCGCGCGCCAAGUGCCAUCCCAAACUCACGGACGAGGCAGCGGAGGAGCUGGUGAACAGGUACCAAACACUCCGCCGGGAUGGUCGCGAGCGGAAGGUGGUGAUGGCCACCCCUCGUCAGCUCGAGUCGCUCAUUCGCAUUGCCGAGUCGCUCGCUCGUAUGCGACUGGACGAGCGAGUGAAGGCGACUGACGUGGCGGAGGCCGUACGGCUGUGGUACGGCGCGAUGGCGGGAUCCGCGGGAUCUGGGUCGUCCGACGGGCGGCCUGAUCUGGAUACGUUGUACUGCGGUACGACGGCGGCGCAGCGUGCUGCUGCUCGGGCCCUGCCGGAGGAGCUGCGCAACGUGAUUGCGGGCAUGCGCAUGUCGCACACACUGGCCCUGGACGACCUGCUCCGUGAGAUCAACUCCAAGCUAGCUGCUGUACAGCAACAGCAGCAGCAACAGGGCGGCGCCGGUGCCGCCGGCAGCGCCUUUGCGGGCGGCAUCAGCCGCUCCAUGUUGGUUUCGGCGCUGCGGCAGUUGGACGAUCUAGUCGUGUACGACGAGAUGACGAACACUGUUCGACCCGUCCUGCGCGGGUCGGCGGCGGGCGCGGCGGCGCAGCAGCAGGCCGGGAAGGAGGCUGCGGCUGCUGCUGGGCUGAUGGCGGACGGUGUUGCGGCGUGAUGGGAGGAGACGUGAUGACGGUGUUGUGGGGAUAGGAUGGCGGUCAUGAUAUGAUGUGUUGGCUAAGAAGAUGGGCUAAGAGUGGGCGAGUGUAGGGGUUGUGGAGUCGUGGUGAUUAUGUUGCUAAAAAUUACGUGUGGAGGAUAAUUGGCUUGAAGUGCCGCUGGCAACGGAAGUGCCGCUGGCAAGGAGACAUGGACAAUUGGAUGUGUAAGCUAGCGGAUAUGUGUUGUUAGUUUGGCAGGGCCUUUUAGAGGUCCUGCCAGCAAAGCUCGACUUUUCCCUCGCACUUUUUCUAGAUAGCUGCGGAGGAGGUAUGGAGGUUGUUUAGGACUGUCGGCAGAUUGAUGACGAUUACAGUUUCUUCGCAGUAACAGUUGGCACACAUUUAGUUAACGACGGUCUUUCACAGGUAUACUGAGGCGCCUAAGACUAGGGGAGACAGGCAAUCGACAGAUGGAGCCUUACUAAUGACACAUAUACAUAUUGGUGCCUCGCCUUGAAGGUUUGUAGGCGUCGGGUGUUGGUCGCUUAAGUGUAGGCAGUCCAUGUCCGCUCGGCUGGUGGAGAAAGGGAAGCGAAGGCAUGGCGUUGCUACAUGUAACUUUGCGUACGGAAACGCAGGGCAGCUAUGCCCACAACCAACAACUGCCUCACAACAACAACGAGCCGUAACCAACAU